GUGCCUGUGUGUUUCCUUUUUUUGGACAGCUGUGUAACUGCUGAUAGGCAAGACUGCGCAAGCUGAUCAAGUACUUAGACAAGCACCCAGAGUAGAGUGAGCAGAGAAGAGCAGAUAGCAGCAGUCUCCUCUCUCGUAUCAGAGUGGCAGUGGAGGAAGCAGCAACACUGGGAUCACAGACAGAAGCAGCAACAGCAAAAACUCUCCAGCCUUUUCCUUCUCGCCUCCCCUCUUCUUCUUUUUCUUUCGGAGUAGUUGUCUGCACUGACGAGCAACACCGAGGAACGAGCAGAGAGACAAGUGGACCCAGAACUUGUAGCUGUAACCAAAAAAAAACGCAGACCUGGCUACCCACAUGCCGAUCGAAUUUGUUUGCAAAAUCAAAUUUGCAGAGGAGGAUGAGAAGCAGAAAGCCAAGCAGGAGGGGGACAGGGAGAGCCUGAUUGAGGAAAGCUGCACACCUCCGGCCAAGGACUUGGUUGGCUUCGCCAACUCCUGUUCUCUCCACGGGAUUAACCACAUCCUCGUCUCUGGGCGCCUGGGCAUCCGGCAGACCCUGUGGGCGCUGGCCUUCCUGGCGUCCCUUGCCCUCUUCAUCUACCAAGCGGCGAAGUGUGCCAUCUCGUACUUGGAGCACCCCCACGUCACAGCUCUGAACGAGGAAGCCACGCCAGAGAUGGUGUUCCCCGCCGUGACCAUCUGCAACAUCAACCGCUUCCGGUUCUCUGCUCUCACCGACGCCGACAUCUAUCACCUGGCAAACCUGACAGGGCUGCCCCCUAAAAACAAGGAUGGCCACAAGCCCACUGAUCUGGAGUACCCAGCCCCUGACAUGCAGGACAUCUUCAACAGGACGGGGCAUCAGCUGGAUGAGAUGCUGAAGAGCUGUAACUUCAGCGGGCAGAACUGCUCGGCGGAGGACUUCUCUGUGGUAUACACCAGAUAUGGAAAAUGCUACACUUUCAAUGGGAACAAAACAACGUCUAAGAAAACCAAGCAGGGCGGAAUGGGGAACGGGCUGGAGAUCAUGCUGGAUAUACAACAAGAUGAGUAUCUACCCAUCUGGAGAGAAACAAACGAGACUUCGCUGGAGGCUGGGAUCCGAGUACAAAUCCACAGUCAGGAUGAGCCUCCCUACAUCCACCAGUUGGGCUUUGGAGUCUCCCCAGGGUUCCAGACCUUUGUUUCAUGUCAGGAGCAGAGGUUGACCUACCUGCCCCAGCCCUGGGGAAAUUGCCGUUCCACCAGUGAGCAGGUGAUCCAGGGCUACGACACAUACAGCAUCAGUGCCUGUCGCCUGCUUUGUGAGACUAGCGAGGUGGUCCGCGAGUGCAACUGCAGGAUGGUGCACAUGCCUGGAAACGCCGAUAUCUGCACUCCCAGUAAAAUAAAGUGUGUUGACAAAGCGCUAGCAUUGCUCCAGAAGAGCACAGGAGACACCUGCUUCUGUGAGACUCCCUGUAACCUGACCCGCUACGGCAAGGAACUGUCCAUGGUCAAGAUCCCCAGCAAGGGAUCCGCUCGUUACCUCUCCAGGAAGUACGACAAGUCCCAGGACUACAUUAGAGACAACUUCCUUGUUUUGGAUAUUUUCUUUGAAGCUCUCAACUAUGAAACGAUUGAACAAAAGAAAGCCUACGACGUGGCUGGUUUGCUGGGUGAUAUUGGUGGCCAGAUGGGCUUGUUCAUCGGAGCCAGUAUCCUGACCAUCAUAGAAAUAUUGGACUACAUAUAUGAGGUAAUAAAGCACAGGCUGCAGCGUCUACUGAGGCCUCGGAAGGAAGACAGCAACCAGCAGCAGACCAGCGCCAUGGCAACGGUGGGCCUGGAGAAGCCCAAGGAAUCCAGCGACAUGUCAUCAUUGACAAGGAAUCAUCCGGAAGGGGCCUACGCCAACACCAUCCUACCGAACCACCACGCCCACCAUGGUCGCCAUGGGGUGUUUGAAGAUUUUGCCUGCUAAAACAGACCGUCUGACUCUGAUGACAACAAAAGAUGGGGUGCCUUCUGUGCUACGACGGUUCACAAUAGCAGACCCUUCUGAUCCCAGUUUGACCCCUUUUUGCUGUCACCAGUGAAAGCUACAGCCAAAGUCGAACACUCAGCCUGUGCUGCUUACAGACUAUUCGUAUGUAGGCACAGAAUAGGCACCAAUAUUGCAGUUCAGUAGGAGGACCGCACCUAUUUUUCACCCCUCACGCUCUGAGCCAGCGACUGUGAAUUCUAGGCUGAUCGUUUUGGUAUGAGGUCACCACAUGGGAAAAAUAAGAGGACUGCAUGUUAUCUUAAACUGGUUUAUAUGAAUAAUUUCAUUGAUCACUUCUCGUAAUUGUUUCCCACCCACACCGCCCUCAAAUGAUUUCUCUGUCUCUCUCUCUUAACACACUAUCCCAUAAAGAACAUUUCUAUCAUUGUAAUUAUGUAUGUAUUAAGGAAAUACGAUAAGGACCCCUCUAUACUGUGUACAAGAUGAGAGACCAGAGUAAUACACAACACCAUUUCACCAUCUGACCAAUGCAUUAGGUGCUUUAAACAGAGGAAAUGUCCUGUAACCUGAAAGACCAUGUUUCAAAUGACCAAUAUCACGAUUAGCUACUAUAUCCUAACAGGGACAGAAGUGUUGUGAAGGGGGUAGGGACAUUAUGUCUGUACAUACCUCUCACAGCAGAGAGAAAGUACUGUUUUUAACAAUUGAUGACUUUGUUGAGCUAAUAUGUAUGUAUGUAUAUAUAUAUAUACGUAUAACCCUCUGUGAUUCUUAUUUGGUAUAUAUUUUUUUUUUUGGAAGAGAUGGUUGUAGGAUAUAAAACACUGACAACUACUUGUCAAUGAAUUAAUGAGGAAGAAGCAGACUUUUUCUCUGACCAAUAUGUAUAGGCAUAAUGCAUAUUAAGUGUUUUUUUAGUUUUAUUUUUAUUCACCUGGAUCGACUCAAAACCCCAAAUGAAACAAAAAAAGAUGCUGAUACUAUAAAAAAACUAUUUCGAUUUUUUCUUUGGACCCAAGCUAAAGCAAGUAACAGAAUGCUACUUGAAAUAUGCCCCUCAAAAAUGUAAUGACAUUACUUAAGCAUUCUUCAAGUCUUUCACAGUUCAAUACAAACCAUCCUAGGUAGAAUACUGUUCAGCCCACUGUGAUCGUAAGCAGGCACAGAAAGGAAAAACUAAGUAAGGAAAGGUGACAGAUCAGAGAUAGGUACAUGAUUUUGUGAGUGUGCACUCUAGCACACAUUGGUGAGCACACUGGACAGUGUCCUUGUAAAAAGACGUGCUUUCUUAUAAGACAAAGCCCAAAAGAGAGUCCUUUCCAAACUGAAAGUGAGGAAGUUAAGUGACUUCUAUAAUUAAUAUUUAUGCCCCCUGUUCUUGCUGAGGUUGUGAUGGCGGUUUCUGAGCCAGGAGCCAAACAGCUGUCAACUCUCCGAAGAGAGAUGCUGAGCUUUGUUGAAAGACCCAUCACUUUGACGGCUCUUUUUCUGACAAUCCACAGUGGGGGUCCAGGACCUAGACCAUGUGGAGGGAAGUCCACAAAGUGAUUAACUGAUGAUGCCUCACAGUAGUAGUAGUAGUAGUAGUAGCAUACAGUUACGUAAUAAUCAAACUUUUGAACCUAAUUUUCUCUGAAUAUUUUUGUGUUUCAUCCCAUUUCUUUGGUUGAUAACGACCUUGCAGAUGAACUGGGUCCGCAGUCUGAAUAUAGAUUUGUUAGACCACCAAGUUCACAAAUGAAAUUCUACAUCCAUUAGCCUUUGAGAGGACCUCCCCUCCAUGUCAGCAAUCUAAACCUUACAUCACUAUUUAAUAUUCACAAUCAUGUGUCACUAUGACAUUUUCAAAGGUUCCCAAUCACAGUCCCUGAUGGCAAGCUGCACUGGUUGUGCAUAGCAAUCUUCCCUUCUGUCAUCAAUAAUACUAUCUUCUGACACAUUCAUAGGCAGUGCUGUGCAACUGUGAAAGCCCUGUGUCAAUGUAAUGCUUUGACAGUUGUCUGAAGAUAAAAUAUCUAGAAUGGAUAAGGAUGAUUCUCCUCAUAAUAAUCGUUAAGGAAACGUUGUACUUUGUAGCAUGUACAUGUGCACACAGCACUAUGUGACAAAGUGGUGAAGCUGCUGACUAGACUGGGAUUUCCCCUCUUAACAAGCUGUAACCGACACAUAUUUCAAAAUAUCUUUCAAUCAGUCUGAAUCUGAUUCUCCUCCUUUUUUCUCUUUCGUUCCACCAAAUUAUACCAGUUCAAAUCAAUUUUUAAAUCUUCUGUGAUCCUGUUAGCAUACUGUAUAUUCACAACAUGUACGUUAAUCAGUCUAUGAGGUCUAUUUGUGUAUUGCUAAUUUGUCUCAUUUCCAAUGAAUGUUCCACAUAAAGACAGCAAGGGAUGACCUCCUGACUGCUGACAUUUUUCAAACCAGGAAUGAAUCCACGAAAUUCAAAGAAACAGCUGUAUGACAUGUGGAAAUUGGAUAGUUCAUUCAGUUACUAAGGAACGCCUAUGUGUUUUGGUAUUUUGUACAGAAGUCUGAAAUUGUGAGUUUCCUCUGUUAGAACACAUUUUAUAAAUGUAAU